AUGAUUGUUCCGGCAGCAUUGCCGAGAGGAAACGACGAAUUCCGAACGAGAGACUUAGUACGCAAGUGGGGCGUUACUUUCAACGGUGAACGCGACGUCUUAGAUUUCAUCGAGCGUAUCGACGAGCUAACCGAGAGUUAUGGGUUCCAGAAGGACAAGCUAGUCCAUUGCAUUCCCAUGCUUCUCCGCGAGAAAGCCAUACACUGCCAGACCCCAGACGAACCAAACGGUCAACGCCGCGACAACAAACGCGUCGGAACCCAGCAGCAGUACAACCCCUCAGCAAUAAGAGUAGGAGAUAAACGUCCUUUCGCCAAAAUCGAGCUUGGCGUAAGAGAUAUCCACGCGCUAAUGGAUACUGGCGCAACGGCGUCCAUAAUUUCACCAGCUACAUGGACUUUCGUACAAAAUAACGGACUAUUUAAAAAGUAUGAUCCAACGCCGAAACAAGGAUCAACCUUAAGAAGCCACGUGGUGCAAACUACUAGUACCGCGUGGAUCGUGAUAACAGAGUCAGGUCGAGCUUACACGUUACCGUUUCAUAUUAUUCCGUCGUAUAGAAAUGAUAUGCUUUUGGGGGUCGAUAACCUGGGCAAAAUGGGCUAUCAGUUACUACUUAAGAAACCAAAUAAACCCAAACCUAAAGUCGCAGAUCCCGAUCCGGACUUUAGACCCUAA